AUGGAGGCCCCAAAAGCGGCCCUGAGGCGCAAACCCCUGCCCGGCCAGCUGCCCGGCCCGCCGCCGAUGCCACCGCCGCCUGAUUUUGACCCAUUUCCGCAGCGCCGACAGGUCCUUCGCGGCGCCAGAUCGACGCCGAACCUGAGGCAGUCUGCCGUGCCGUCCAUUUACGAUCCUCCACCGGCCUAUGAGGAGUUUCCUGGCGUAGACGCAAACGGCCGCCUUGUUAUCGCUCCCCCUAGCCCCGGGCGGCUCCCUUCGCCUGCUCCUCCCAGCCCAGGACCCUUCUUCCCUGGCCCUCCCCAGUCUGCAGAGACGUUCUCCGUUGGUGGAUAUCGCCCUCCGGUGUCUCCCGUUUCUCCGGCCUCUUCGUAUUUCCCCCCUCCGCCUAACGCGGAAUCUCAUUCAGUACAUGCACAUUAUCGUCCUCCCGUUUCUCCGGUUUCUCCGCUGUCUACUGGAACGCCGUACUUUCCACCUCCGCCCAAUGCAGCAGGAUAUCCCCCUCAAGCACAUAACCGCCCUCCGGCCUCUCCAGUCUUUCACCCUCCUUCAAAUGCUGCGACCUUUCCAGUACAAGCCCAUGAUCGUCCGCCCCCAUCUCCAGUGUUCCAACCUCCCCCAACUGCGGAAACCUUUCCUCUCUCUGGACCACGUCCACCUGCUUCACCGGUCUAUGCCCCUUCAGAAGCCCCAUCCACGGACACACAGUCAAAAGAAAAGACUUUCUGGCAGACUGCACUAGACGAGACCAAAUACUUUGCUGGAGGGCUGAUAAGCCAUCCCUUCGAGUACACCAAACAUUACUCUAUCCUCCGCCACUCCGCCGCCCUAGUCUGGUACCGUGGCCCAUCCACCUCCGUCACUGUCACCAUUUUCUCCGAUGCCCCACUGCCACCUACACGGACGGUAUGGCUUCAGCGGAAGGGUUUCUCAGGAAACAUGGGCAUGAACCUGAAGUCUCUUGUGGGUGCCAACGACUCAUGGCUUGAUGUCACGCCGUCGGCACAGGCCUUGCCUACAGAUAUGGCGGAAGGCGACGAGAGGGGUUGCCAGCGCGACAUCAAAAAAUUCCUAAAAAAGGCCCCGAAGAACCUCAGCAAGCAUGUUCCGAGGGAGACGCACGUCGUUCGUAUUCCUGCUGCGGCGGACGACGGAUACUUCCGCCUUGUCCUCUGUGCAGGCGGCGGCGACGGCGGGAACAGCAAGAGAAAAGUUCUCUGCCCCAGCCCUGUCUUCCGGAUUGCCAGCACCUCGACGGAUGCGAGCGUUAUGCGCGGCGCCAGCUUUGCCAGCAUGCCCCUUGAAAUGGGUAUCAAAGCCGGUUCGAUCGUCGCCACGACUGUCGCUAACAGGUACAUUGGCCCUGCGGCUGCCGUCGUGCAGUCCAGGACGAAGAAACUCCAGCAGGCCAAGUUUGUCACCAAACACGCCACCCACAUCGCGACCGCCAAGUCUGGUUUCGACAAGUCAGGUAUCAAAACCACUGUGACAGCCUACGAGGAGCAAUAUGCCGCCUCGAGAAGCGGGGGGUAUGCGGCAUGGCAAGAUGGCGGCGAGACAGGAUUCCAGGAGGCGCCGCCGGAGGUUAUUGGUCCCGACUCUGGCCCCUUGGACCCGUUCCCGAUCAAAUUCGACGGCAAGAUUGUCCGUGGCACGGGACGAGGAGGGAUGGAGCUGGGCAUUCCGACGGCAAAUCUCACAGGUAUCCCCGAGGACGUCAAGAUGCGGAUGCGAGGAGUGUACUUUGGCUGGGCGCGGGUCGUCCCUCGCACCGGACUGCAGGGAAUAUCUACAGAUUGGCACGAAAGUAUCAUCACCGUGGGGCCCGCGCCAUACGCGACGCCUCGCGUUGCGGCCACGAAUGUCGCUACGGUGCACCUGAUCCACGAAUUCGGCGGCGCUCUCUUCCUCGACACGAAGCUUAAAGUCUUGGUUAUGGGGCAGCUGCGGCUGGCUGCUCCUCCUGUGGCCGGCUCGGAUGCCGCGCUUGCGGCGUACGGUGCGGACGUGCUGCUUGCGGUGGCGAGUUUGAGUAGGGACAACUGGGGACCGGUUGAGACGAGAGAAAGGAUGAGGACGAUGCGGAGCGAGAUGAGCCUGGCAGAUCGGUAUCUGGAGACGAGGGAGAGGGUGCAGAAGCAGGUUGAUCGGAUACCUGUUCAUCUGGCGGGCGUUCGAACCGAGGGUGCGGCGCUGAGGGAUCGGGCGUAUGGCAAUGGCGGUAUGUGGAUUCCUAGGUGA